GGAGAUGGUGAGCUGUGUUGAGUGGAAGUCGGUGGAUGAGUCGCAUUUUAAAUCACGGACUCCACUGUUCGUCUGAAGACUGUUACUUGGCGUGCAGCUUUACGGGGGUUUGUUUAUUUAUUUUUUUAUGUUUCUUAUGUAUUUAUUUGUCUCUCCCGUGUUUUUUUCCCGGGUUGAUGCUCCUGCACGUUUUUGACGCGCAGCCACAGGUUGACCGAUUUAAUCCAGUCACCAUGGAUUAUGAUCCCUCCUCUUCAUCUCGUGUCGAUUGCCACUGACAGUAUCGAAAUGGGCACCGUCCACAGAUCAGAGAUGACAGAAACAAAGUGAUCACACCUCGAGAGCAGACACGGAGGCAGCAUCUGCGAGGAGCGACGCGCAAUCUCGAGAAACAAGCGAGGACCUGUGGAGGAGCCACAUGAAAGGAGGCGAUUAGAUGAUGGGAUGGCCGUGACAACAUGAAAAAGAAAAAGUGUGGUGGUCUAUUUUCAUCCAGCCAGUGAUUCAACACACAACUAACCUGGAGGACAGGGACUGAGGGAGAAGAGGUAGGAGGAGACAGGUGUGUGGCCACAGCUGUGACCAUGGAGCCUCCCCCCUCUUUGAGCUUGGCUCUGCUAGGAGGCAGUGAGGAUGAGGAGCAGCGCCUCCUCUUUCCCCUGGGCAUCAUAUCCCAUCCCUCCAGCACGGGCAACCAGCCAGGAUCAAAUCACUCCAACCACAUGGGAGGUUCAAGCCUCGACCGCCUAAAUGGCAGCACCCCAUCCCCCGCCACGCCCAACUUACCUCCAGCACCUAAGUUACCCAUGUCCUCCUCUGGAGUUCAGCCGCUGCCCCCUCCCAUCCCCAAUGCCCUGCACCCCACCAGCACCCCGUUGUCCUCCUGCUUGGGCUCACAGCACAGCCUGAGCGGGGACAACUCCCCAAUCUACAACGCCCUUUUUUACUCCUCCCACUCACCCUCCAUGGAACGGGACAGGGACAGAGAUCGAGACAGGGACAGGGAGCGAGAGAGAGGGUGCAAGCACAGGCAGGCCAGCCCUCUGGUUCAUCGUAGGGACAGUAACCCUUUCACAGAAAUUGCCAUGAGCUCCUGCAAGUACACAGGUGGCGUCAUGAAGCCCCUGAGCCGCCUCAGCGCCUCCCGCAGAAACCUCAUAGAGUCAGACAGCAGCAGUGAAACCAAAGAGGGUGGUGUUUUAGCUGUUGCUGGAGCAACGGCCACUGGGGGCCAUGACCGACCAAGGGAGGCCCCUCCCACUUACUCUGUGUCCCAGUCAUCCACCAAUCAACCCCCAAUCCAGAGCCCUCCAGAGAUUGUGAUUUCAUCCAAGGAAGACUUGCCAUACCCCAGAGGAGGCUAUGACAUCACUGACUCCUCAUCUAACCAGAUGUCCAUCUACCACCAGAAUCACACGUUGGUGGAGAGCAGGCGGACACAGUCAGGGGGGAGGAGCAGCAGGCAGGGAGGGAGUGGAUCUACAGGCACCGGCGCCAGGGGCAGCACAUCCAAGGCCCACAAACGAAAGAACCAAAAUAUUGGCUAUAAACUGGGGCAUCGGAGGGCAUUAUUUGAAAAGAGGAAGAGGCUAAGUGACUAUGCCCUCAUCUUCGGAAUGUUUGGAAUCGUUGUCAUGGUGAUUGAGACGGAGCUGUCAUGGGGCGUGUACACAAAGAGUUCCAUGUAUUCUCUGGCCCUGAAGUGUCUGAUCAGCCUGUCCACAGUCAUACUGCUGGGCCUCAUCAUCGCCUACCAUGCACGGGAAGUUCAGCUGUUUGUCAUCGACAACGGAGCGGACGACUGGCGCAUUGCCAUGACGAUGGAAAGGGUCCUGCUGAUUGCGCUGGAGCUGCUGGUGUCUGCGGUGCAUCCGGUGCCCGGGGACUUCAAGUUUCAGUGGCGGGCGCGGCUGGCCUUCUCGUAUGCACCGUCACAGGCGGAGGCUGACCUGGACAUGGUGCUGAGUGUGCCCAUGUUCCUGCGCCUCUACCUCAUCGCCAGAGUCAUGCUGCUGCACAGUAAACUCUUCACCGAUGCCUCCUCCAGGAGUAUAGGUGCCCUAAAUAAGGUGCAUUUUAACACCCGGUUUGUAAUGAAAACCCUCAUGACUAUCUGCCCUGGGACGGUGCUGCUGGUCUUCAGCAUCUCUCUGUGGAUCAUCGCUGCCUGGACUGUGCGAGUGUGUGAGAGGUAUCAUGAUGCUCAGGACGUGACCAGUAACUUCCUGGGAGCCAUGUGGCUCAUCUCCAUCACUUUCCUGUCCAUCGGUUAUGGAGACAUGGUUCCGCACACCUACUGUGGCAGAGGAGUCUGUCUCCUCACAGGAAUCAUGGGUGCAGGCUGCACAGCUCUGGUGGUUGCCGUGGUAGCCAGGAAGCUGGAGCUGACCAAGGCUGAGAAACACGUACACAACUUCAUGAUGGACACGCAACUCACCAAGAGGAUAAAGAACGCGGCGGCUAACGUGUUGAGGGAGACCUGGCUCAUCUACAAACACACAAAGCUGAUGAAGAAGAUCGACCACUCCAGGGUCCGCAAACACCAGCGGAAGUUCCUCCAAGCGAUACAUCAAUUACGUAGUGUAAAAAUGGAGCAAAGGAAACUCAGCGAUCAGGCCAACACACUAGUGGACCUUUCUAAGAUGCAGAGUGUCAUGUAUGAGCUUAUGUCGGAGCUCAACGACCGCAGUGAGGACUUGGAGCGCCAGAUGCUGUCCUUGGAGCAUCGGGUGGAGCAGCUCACUGCUGGGUUCAACGCACUCCCGGCUCACCUCUCUGCCACCCUCAGUGCCCAGCAUGCUGCCCUGGUUCACUUGCUGCGAGAAAGAGAUUCGAGGGAUGGCAGAGGAGGAGGAGGAGGAGGAGGAGGAGGAGGAGGUUGUGGAGCUGUGAUCCCCUUUUCCCCCGCAACUUCUUUAUCUACUGCCCCAGCUUCAGUGUCUCCAAUCCAGGUCACGACUCUGGCAGCACCCCCAGCCCAAGUCCCUACUUUGGCCUUGGAGUCUCCGUCUCUGUCUCCUCCUCCACUGAGUCCAGAGGGGAGUCUGGAGACAAGUCCCAACCCCAACUCCUGCACCUCCAGCUGCUGAAGACGGCUGUGAGGACCAGGAAUGGACAAACCUGGGGGACAAGAGCGGAGGAGAGGACAUGCUCGUCCUCUCACUUCAGACUAAAGGAGAGAAAGGAGGAGAGAUGUGACGUGAUCCUCUGAAACCCGUGCUCCAUGAAUGAGGGAUGAAGACGGUAAUAAUGGGAUGAAGAUGACGGGCCAGUAUGGAUGACUUGACAUGCUUGUGAUUUUUGGGGCACUUUCCUUGAUGAUGGGAUGGAGUGGAAGAAAUUGAGAUGGAAUGAUGACUCUAAAAGGUGUGAGGGGGAGGAAGAAUGUCAAGAAGGUGAAAAAUGGAGGAAGAGAGGAAGAGGAGAGAGGAGGGGAAAUAACAAGGAAUAAUUAUAUGAACUCAUAGCUCCUAAACGGAAUCCACUCUAAUUAUUGAAAAAGGCCUUUUAUUCUCCUUCCUCUCUCCCCCCCCCCCUUUCCUCGUCUCUCUCUCCUCCCUCCCCUUCAUCAGGAAUUAAUGACCAUGACUUUUUAUCCUUAUAAUGUAUUUUCUAUAUGAAUGCUAUUUGUGUGUUAACAAGCAUCCCUUUAACAGUAGGUUCGAUCAUACGACCAUCAUUUAAAAAAACUAGUGGCAUGCACUGCACGUACACACACACACACACACACACACACACACACACACACACACAUCACCUUACACCACAGUACAAACACAAAUACACAAUCUUUCACAAUGCAGGCCCUGUUUCCACUCACACAAAGAAAUUAAUGCACCAGCCCACGUUAUAAUACUUAAGCCUAUACUGCCAAGCACUCAAUGCACUCUCAAUCUCCACAGAGCACUGCCAAGCAAUGUAGACUCACUGUAAACAACAACAAAAAAAAAAUGUUCAUCCUAACAACUUUUCUGUCAGUGGGUGUGAGCUAAUGCAGCAGUUUAGACAUCGCAUAAUUGUGAUAUUUUAUCUACUCAGUCAGGAGAAUAACAACAGUUCACCGAGCUCCUCCAAACUGCACCUCGAGCAGGAAUAAGCUGCCGAGGGAUGAGUCAUUGUAUCAUCUGUUUGUGAUGAAGGUGGUAGCAGGAUAUUAAAAAAAAUAAUAAUAAUAAUAACACAACUACAAAAGAACUUUAUUGCUGUGUUGACUGAUUAAGUUGAACUGAUGUUUUAGUGUAACUGUAGUUUUACUGAGUCUUAAAAGAGAUUAGAUUUUUGUUUUUACUUCCUGUCGACAUUAUUAGUUAAUACUGUGAGGGUUAAAGGUCCAGUGUGUAACAUUUAGGAGGGUUUAUUGGCAGAAAUUGAAUAUUCUACCCAUAAUUAGGUUUCAUUAAGUGUAUCAUUUAUUUUCAACGCAUUUGUUCGGUUUUUAAUAGCCUGAGAAUAAGUCUUAUGAAGGGAUUUACUUUAUGGAGGUUUCUACAGUGGCCCAAACUGACUAACCAGCCAGUGAGCGUGCAUUGUACUGAUCAAGUGGCAGCUUACUAUGCAACCAAAGACGACAACAUCCAAUAGUGGACUGUGCUUGUGAAGACCAGGGUCAAAAAAACACCCACCUCCGGCACUCAUGGAGCAGGAACUUGAAGGUCUUCAUCAGGAACAACAUCCCUUUUUUUGGUUUGCAAAGGCCACCGUAGUUCCCCCGACACAUUUGGAGAAAGUGAGGGGAGCAGUCUCACCAUUAGAUGUCACUCAUUCUUACACACUGGACCUUUAAAAGAACAAUUAGACUGUACAAACAUUUAUAGAAUUGGCAUUUCUACAACAUAGAACUUAAAAUGCGUUCAAUGGUCCACAUACAGCGAGUCUUAUCUUGAUGUUUCUAUGCUUCUGACACAGCAGGGGCUCUCCCCAAAAUAAACUGUAUGUGUCGUUAAUACAUGAUCUUUGACUCUGACAGGGCUGGUCAGUGGGGUCAAAUCGACUCGGAUACAAUAGGAAUAUUUUUCAGGAGAAAGACAUAUGAUUUAUAAAAUAUAGAUUUGACUUAUUCUUACUUUAUUCGAUGUUGAAGAUCCAAUAGCGAUUUAUUUGUGUGAUGAUAGGUUUGGUGUGAUCAAUAUUUCUGAGCGUAUGUAUGGCUGUGUUGAUGACCUUUUAUCAUCCUUUUGUAGUCCCGGAACAUGAAUGUAUUCUGUGUAAAGAAAUUCACUCACUCACUCACUCACUCACUCACUCACUCCCGCUCGCUCCAUCACUUAAACUGCCAUGCAGACACAGGAAUAGACACUCACAUGCACAUACACACAUUUAAAAUAUACAGUACACGCACACACACACACACACACACACACACCUCAACAACCAAAGUGCUCUCUCUUAAAUGGACUUCAAUAAGAGGCAGGGAACGCUGCUGUCACUGGGGACACGAGAUAGCAGGAGGCGGCGCAACUAUCGUGACAAUAUUUCCGAGGGAAUAACUGUGAAAAUCUGGCCAUGGACUCGUUACCGUGCUGUACAUGGACUGCUCUUCAUUGCUUUAAACAGGUUAAGGUGGCCAGCAAAGUGAACACAAGGGAACCCAAAUAAAACCUUAUAAAGGAGAAUGGCCAUGAAGGAACAGCUGUUCAUGAAAUAAAUAAAACAAGAGUCUAAGUUGUAUCUGAGAGGAAUUAUAAUGGUGUGAUGGGGGGGGGGGGGAGGGGGGGGCGUGACACAAGCCCUUGCAUUGGAGACAUAUGAAAACUGUCUUAUAGCGACAUGCUGUGGCCGGAAUACUGAAUUACAUACGCUUGGAAUAUUGUACAGUAUGCUCUUAACGAAAUCUAGCUUUGUAUUGCUUAGUCUUUUUCUACCAUUAUGAUUAAACACAGUUAUAGCGGAUAUCUAAUAUUACUGAACUCUAGUAUUCUUCUCUUUGUCAUGACAAUUAUGAUAUAUGUAUUAAGAAUAUGUUAAUAAUAAUUAUGAACAAGGAAAGUGCCGUUUGAGGUUGAAAUUAUUUUGUAAUUUUAUUUUAUCAGAGAGAAUUAAUAAAGUAUAUAUCCAUAACAUGGCAGCUUCCAUGUUUUCUGUGUUGCUGUUAUUGCAUGUUGUGUUAUUUAUGUUCUGAUUUCUUUUAUUUCUUUCCUCUUCUAUUUUUUUUAUUUUUUUUCAUUUUUUUCAUGGUGAUGUGGGUUUAGGUGCAGAGAC